AUCUGUGUGAAAAUGUAUUAUAAAUUCAGCAGUUUUACACAGACGUUGACUGGUGCUUCAUUUGCUAAUGCAUACUGUCCUCAGGGUCUGAAACCAGCUGCUGUGACUGAGGCAUCACCUGUCAUUCUUGGAACACCCGUUAAACCAGUUUCAGAGUCUUCUCAGUACAUGGGAAUCAACAGAGUGCCUGAUUUACAGAGACUUUUCCAGAGACCAGAUGGUGUGCCAGUACAUUUAAAACGAGGAGUUCCUGACAAGCUUCUUUACCGGACCACUAUGGCUCUGACAGUCGGUGGGGCAGUAUACUGUUUGAUAGCACUUUACAUGGCAGCCCAACCCAAGAAUAAAAAAUGAAGGAUUUACUCAGAUGAAGCCAUAUUCCU